GUAAUUGUGAUUUUAUUUAUCGAUUUGCUUUGUUCGACAAUAAUUAUAAUAAUUUGUUUGUAAUUCUACAAAUUUCGGUAUGUUUUACGUGUAUAUUUUUGAACAAAGAUGCGGAAUUCGACAAUGAACCGUAAGAAAGCAUUCAAUGACACUUAAUACUAUUUAACAAGAAAAUUUAUAUAUUUAACUUGUUAAUUUAAAAACAAAAGAAGAAAUACUGAUUGCUAUAUCAGAAAGUUGAAUGGAAAACGGUACGAAUGUUUCGAAAGGAGGGACUACGAAUGCAACUAAAAGGAAUGUUGUCUCACAGGUGUACGUCGUAAUGCUCUUUCGCUACGCCUAUUAAAAAAAAUUGAGGCUGAAUUUGCACGUGAACUCGAAAAUGCGGAGAUCAUAUAGAAAUUGGUACACGUUUUCGUAACUUGAUCGUGUAAUUGUAUGAUGCUCAUAUAGAGUGAAGUGUAAAAAAGUGCAAGUGGUAAGAGUGGUAAAGAAUUUACCAAGUAACAUGGAGAUGCUGUGGAGAAAUGUUGUGGCGGACUUGUCGACCUUCUUAAGUACGAGGACGCGGAUUUUGUUUGCCGCUGUCUAUUUCAUUUGGAUCGCUGGAAGCGCCUGCGCCACUGAGACUCUCCAGGAGCCACGAUUCACCACUCAACCUUCCAGCAGCGGCAAUAUUCUUAGUGAAAAUCGAACGAAAUUUCUGCAGUGUCAAGCGAGGGGAAAUCCUCAGCCAAAAUACAAAUGGUUCAAGGAUGGUGUGCCUCUCAGCAACGAGCUUACUUCAGAGAUUUAUUAUCGAAUACAAAGUACACGUAGAGAAGACGCAGGAGUGUAUCAUUGUGUAGCCACAAACGAUGUAGGAUCUAUUUUUAGUGAAAGAAUUACAUUUGCAGUAGCUUAUAUGGGGUUGUUCGAGGAUCUCACAGAGAGAAUAGUGAGCGUGAAAUCAGGCAGCGCGGCUGUUUUAACACUGCCACCGAUAGAAAGCCAUCCUGCACCUGACGUUACAUGGUUCACGUCCGAUGGAUCGUUGUUGUAUGGCAUAAAAUAUGCGUCUGUUCAUCACACGUUACUUAUCCUGAACGCGUCCGAGAGUGAUCAAGGCUUGUACAGGGCCAGAGCUAUUAACACACAAUUGGGCAAAGAGGAGAAUAGUCCGUUUUUUAAAUUACAAAUUACGGGAGAUGUCAACGCCGAAGUAGCGCCAACUAUCAUAGUGAAACCGCAGGAUACUCAAAUUAUCAAGGACCAAGAUGUUACGUACAUACAUUGUAUCGCUAAUGCCAGAUCUCUUCAUGAAUUACGAACUUUGUGGACGAAAGAUGGGAUCCCCAUUGAGAACUCGAGGAUAUCAUACAGUUUUAACGAUUCGUGGAAUAGAACUUUGGCGUUGAUAUCAGCAAACAUAACUUACACUGGUGUGUAUUCGUGUCACGUGGAUUUAAGAAGUGGCGAAUAUCCCACGAUGAAUGCGAGCGCGAAAGUUGUCGUAUACGAAAAACCAAUGUUUAUAACGGAAUUGAAACGAGAGACUCUUAGCGAUUAUGGAUCAACUGUAACGUUACCAUGUGAUGUUGUCGGAGUUCCUCCUCCUAAAAUCACUUGGUUCAGAAAUGCAGAACCUGUAGAUCAUCUCCUUGGAUCCAGAUAUGCAAUGGAAGAAGAUGGGUCUUUGACAAUUAAAAAAUUAACUAUGAGUGAUUCAGGGAUGUUCCAGUGUCUUGCUUCUAAUGAAGCUGGUGAAGCAUCUAGUUAUACUUGGUUAAAAGCAAAAAAAGGAUUAGAAAGCAGACUGAAAAACAGAGUUAUCCGCUGGGCAGCUGGCUACAAUGUAGUCAGAGUUCGCCAAUCUGAUCGCCGUUUUAAGUUCUCUCAAUAUCCAGACACAUCUGGACCAAUCAUGGAAAAUGGUCCUCAAAAUCAAACUAUAUUAGAUGGAAAAGAUGCAACUUUAACAUGUAAUGCUGUAGCAGCUCCAAUACCUAACACUACAUGGAUUUAUAAUGAUACGAUGACCGUGGAAAUCGCUGGAAGAGUACAGGUUUUAGAUAAUGGAGAUCUUUUGAUUGCUGCUGUAAAACCAAAUGAUGCCGGAAAAUAUACUUGUAUUCGUGCGAACGAAGCUGGUUCUGUAAAUGGUUCAGCAUAUCUUAGUGUUUUAGUUCGAACACAAAUUAUUCAACCACCUGUUGAUACGUCCGUUCUUCUCGGUUAUACUGCAGAAUUACAAUGUAAAGUCUCCAAUGAUCCAAGUGUUUUAUAUGAUAUAGCAUGGUUUCACAAUUCACAAGUAAUAAAUACACAAGCUAGUCAAAGAGUAAAGAUGCGAAACGAUGGUACAUUGGAAAUAGCAGCUGUACGUGCUUCUGAUGUGGGUGAAUACAUGUGUUCUGUAGUUUCACCAGGAGGAAAUGAAACUCGAUCCGCUCGUCUUAGUGUAAUCGAAUUACCAUUUGCACCAAUAAACGUAAUGGCUAAUCGAGUUGAGCGGAUUUCUCCUCGCACUAUAAAUGUUAGUUGGGUUCCAGGAUUUGACGGAAAUAGUCCAACAAAAAAGUUUAUCGUUCAAAGACGGGAGGUUUCUGAUCUUGGACCCAUACCUGAUUCCGCAUUAAAUUGGAUUAUCGAGUGCAAUAAUGUUUCAGCCCAAAGUCGUUGGGUAAUAUUGAACAAUUUAAAAGCUGCUGCAGCAUAUCAGUUUCGAGUGACUGCAGAAAAUAGCGUUGGUGAAGGACCUCCAUCAGAUCCCAGUAAUGUAGUAGUCCUUCCUCAAGAACCUCCAAGUGGACCACCAGUAGGAUUCGUUGGUUCUGCUCGAUCAUCUUCAGAAAUAAUUACACAAUGGCAACUUCCAUUAGAAGAAUAUCGAAAUGGCCAUAUCUUAGGAUAUGUUUUAAGAUAUAGAUUAUAUGGUUAUAACGACAAUCCUUGGACCAUACAAAAUAUUACUAACGAAGCACAAAAAAAUUAUCUUAUUACUGAUCUAAUUACAUGGAAAGAUUAUAUUGUCCAGAUAGCAGCUUAUAAUGAUAAAGGAGUUGGAAUAUUUACCGAAGGAUUGAAGAUUAAAACUAAGGAAGGAAUACCAGAAGCUCCACCGACUAAUGUAAAAGCAAAAGCCAUGAAUUCAACAGCAAUAAAAGUCUGGUGGAAGCCCCCGAAUCCACAAAAGAUUAACGGAAUAAAUCAAGGCUAUAAAUUACAAGCUUGGAUUGGUAAUAAUUUUACUGAAGCGAAUGAAUAUAAAUCGAUGACUGUACCACCCAGUUUAUUUGAUCCUCUUGCCGAACAAAGUGCUAUUAUGACUGGUUUAAAAAAAUAUACUUUAUACAAUAUAACUGUAUUAUGCUUCACUGAUCCAGGUGACGGUGAAAAAAGUUCUCCCGUUCAAAUCCGUACACGCGAAGAUGUACCUGAAGAAGUAGAAAAUUUACAAUUCGAGAAUAUAAGUGAUCGUUCGCUUACCGUUAAGUGGAAUCCUCCUCAAGAGAUUAAUGGAAUACUUAUAUUCUAUCAAUUAAAAUAUAUGAUCAAAGAUAUGCCGGAUUCUCUACGAAUAGAAAACUUCACAUCGGAUGUUCUAUCAGCUAAAAUUGAACAUUUACAAGCAAUGACACAUUAUAGAUUUGAAGUUGUUGCAUGGACAUCAAUAGGACCUGGAAAACCGGCAGUAGCUGUCAUUCAAUCAGGUGUUGAGCCCGUUCUUCCUGAACCUCCAACUAAAUUGGCAUUGUCUAAUAUUGACGCAUUUUCUGUCGUUCUUCAAUUUACACCAGGAUUCGAUGGUAAUUCGUCCAUAAUAAAAUGGACAGUACAAGCACAAACCACUCGAAAUACAACAUGGUAUAAUAUAUAUGAAGUCUCAGAUCCUGAUGCUAGUACAAUUACUGUAGGUAGCCUAAUUCCAUUUAUGCAGUAUAAACUACGAUUAAUUGCUAAUAAUGUAGUUGGUGCUUCUCAACCAUCCGAACCAACGAAAGAAUUUCAAACAAUUCAAGCACCACCAUCGCAUCCUCCUCGAAAUGUUACAGUUCGUGCAAUGAGUGCUACAGAAUUGCGUGUUAGAUGGAUUCCAUUACAGCAAAUUGAAUGGUAUGGAAAUCCAAGAGGAUAUAAUGUUACCUAUACUGAAGUUCGGACAAAAAAAUCAAAAAGCAUAACUAUAGAAGAUCAUACAGCAAAUUCCUAUAUCUUAGAAAAUAUGGAAGAAUACGCUCUUUAUGAAGUUGUAAUGCAAGCAUUUAAUGAUGUUGGAUCAUCAAUGAUAAGUCCAAAAGCUAUUGAAAGAACUCGUGAAUCAGUUCCUUCAAUGGGACCUAUUAAUGUAGAAGCUAAUUCAACAUCUUCCACUACUAUAUUAGUUAGAUGGGGCGAUGUUCCUAUAGAACAUCAAAAUGGACAAAUAGAAGGAUUUAAAGUUUAUUAUGGGUCAAAUGCUAGAUCAGCAUUCCAGUAUAAAAACAUUCCUAGUAAUACAACAUUUACAACAACUUUAACAGAACUUCGAAAAUUUGUUCAAUAUCAUAUACAAGUUUUAGCUUAUACAAGACUUGGUGAUGGUACUUUAAGUACUCCGCCAGUUAGAGUACAAACAUUUGAAGAUGCUCCUGGACCUCCUUCAAAUGUGUCAUUUCCUGAUGUAAGCUUUACUACUGCUCGCAUUAUUUGGGAUACUCCAGAAGAUCCAAAUGGAGAGAUUCUUGCCUAUAAAGUCAUGUUUCAUUUAAAUAAUAGUCAAGAUCAUCAAUUUUCAAAAGAGUUUCCUGCAUCAGAUAGAACUUUUAGAGCAACUGGGCUAGAACCAGAAAAAUAUUAUAUGUUCUCAGUAACAGCACAAACAAGAUUAGGUUGGGGAAAAACAGCAUAUGCUCUUGUUUUCACUACAAAUAAUAGAGAACGCCCACAAGCACCAUCAAUGCCACAAAUUAGUCGAUCACAAAUACAAAGUAGACAGAUAACAUUUACUUGGACACCAGGUCGUGAUGGAUUUGCUCCAUUAAGAUAUUAUACAGUACAACAAUCAGAAAAUUCAGGACCAUUUCAAAUUAUUCCUGAAAGAGUAGAACCAACUUUAACUUCGUAUACAGCAAAUAAUUUGAAACCUUUCACUUUUUAUCAAUUCCGAAUACAAGCAACUAAUGAUAUAGGUCCUUCAACUUGGAGUACAGAAUCUGUUCAAGUUCAAACUCUACCAGCAGCACCUUCUCGAGGAGUUAUUGGGUUGAAAGUUGUUCCAAUAACAACAUCUAGCAUAGAAGUUCAUUGGAAUGCAAUAGAUGAAACAUAUUGGAGUGGAGAUCACGAAACAGGUGGUUAUCGCGUUAUUUACCAACCAGUUUCUGAUUUUCCAACAGCCCUUCAAGAUACACCUAAAGAAGAAGUUUUAGGAAUAAAAGCUACAAAGAUUGUUUUAAGUGAUUUAACAGAAGAUAGAUAUUAUGAAGUAAUAGUUUUACCAUUCAAUUCUGAAGGAGAAGGUCCACCAAGUCCUCCAGUGACUGUAUAUGUAGGAGAAGCAGUUCCCACAGGAGAGCCACAGUAUCUAAAAGCAGAACCAAUUUCUUCUACAGAAGUACAUUUACGUUGGAAACCACCUCAAGCCAAUAUGCAAAAUGGAGAUUUAUUAGGAUAUAAAAUUUUUUACUUAGUUACUGAUUCUCCACAAGAUUUAGAGAAUAAACAAGAAGAAGAAAUAGAAGUUGUACCAGCAUCAUAUUUAACACAUAGCUUAGUAUUUUUAGAUAAAUAUACAGAAUAUCGUAUUCAAGUAUUGGCUUUCAAUCCUGCUGGUGAUGGUCCUCGAACUCCAUCUAUUACUGUGAGAACUAAGCAGGAUAUACCUGGACCACCACACAAUUUACAAUUCUCAGAAAUUACAAUGACUAGUCUUCGUGUUUCUUGGGAAGCACCAAAAUUACGAAAUGGUGAAAUAGUUGGCUAUAUUGUUACAUAUGAAACAGCAGAACAAAAUGAUCGUUUUAGUAAGCAAGUUAAACAAAAAGUAACAGAAACAAGUUUACUAAUUCAACCUUUAGAAGAAGAAGAAACGUAUACCUUUAUGGUUCGGGCGCAAACCAUUGAUUUUGGUCCACCUAUAUCCGGAAAUGUCACGACAGGUCCACAAGAAGGCUCACCUAUGGCACCUAGCAAUCUUGUUGUUACAAAGACAGUGUCUAGUGUUGAAUUACAAUGGACUAAUGGAGCUUCCGGAAAAGGACCUAUAUUAGGAUAUUAUGUUGAAACACGACGAAAAGCAAUGGAAGAGUGGCAGCAUUAUGACAGUCGUUGGCAGACAAUAGUACGUAGUAGUAAUGGACCAUUGACAGAAUUUUCUGUAUCUUAUCAAAAUUUACUUCCAUCCACGUCAUAUUUAUUCAGGAUAAUAUCAUAUAAUCGUUAUGGAAUUAGCUAUCCUGCAUAUUCUACAGAAACGAUUUUAACUCCAUCAAAGUUAUAUUUUGAAUAUGCAUAUUUACAACAUAAACCAUUUUACAGACAAACUUGGUUUAUGGUUACUUUAGCUGCUGCAUCAAUUAUAAUCAUUAUAAUGGUCAUAGCAGUGCUAUGUGUAAAAAGUAAAAGCUAUAAAUAUAAACAAGAAGCACAAAAGACACUUGAAGAAUCUAUGGCUAUGGAUACAGAUGAUAGACAAGAAUCUGAUUUAGAGCUUUAUAGAUCAAGACAAGGAGGUGGUGGUACUAUGAAUAUAGCAAAUGCUUGCGGUACAUUAGGUAAAAGAAACACUUUAGCAAGAAAAUCUAUGCAUCCACCUCCUCCUACGAUGUUAGGUAAAUCACCUCCUAGACCUUCACCAGCCUCAGUUGCUUAUCAUAGUGAUGAAGAAAGUUUAAAAGGAUAUGAUGAAAAUCCUGAUGAUAGUAGUGUUACAGAAAAGCCUUCUGAAAUUAGUUCAACAGAUUCUCAGGGAUCUGAAAGUGAAAAUGAAAGUGUACAAUCGGAUCCACAUUCUUUCGUAAAUCAUUAUGCUAAUGUUAAUGAUUCAUUAAGACAGUCUUGGAAGCGUCAAAAACCAGUUAGAAAUUAUUCAUCGUAUACUGAUUCUGAACCAGAAGGUAGUGCUGUUGUGAGUUUAAAUGGAGGACAAAUUAUUAUGAACAAUAUGGCAAGGUCAAGAGCACCAUUGCCUGGUUUCUCAUCAUUCGUAUAAUUCGUACAUAAUAAAAAAUUGAAGUCUUUUUAAGUAGAUAAGGUGCCGAAUUACAAUCAAUUGCCUAAUAUUUAUAAUUGUUAUACAGUAAAAUUAAAAUAAAUUUAUGCUGAGCAAUAAUUAAUUUGAAAACAUUUGGAUAAAAAAAAUUAUUUAAAUUUAAAAGAAAAAUUAAAAAAUUAUUAUAUAUAUAUAAAAUGAGACUGGUUGUUAAAAUUUUUAUAAUUUUUAUAAAAUAGGAUAGUUAAAAUUUUAAUAGCUCAGCAUCGAAAUUAAAAUACACAGAGGAUUAAAGACUUAUGUUGAAACACAAACUCGAGUGUUUCACACAUGCUACGUGUAGUAAUUUUAAUAUGCUUCUGGCACCAUCAUAUUGUGAUAUAUUAAAAUACAUAUUAUUUAUAAUUUUAGAUAAAGUCAGAAUAUAUG